UACACAUUGUAAAUAGAACUUCGAAGCAGGGGUUCAGCACAGGGGGUCCUGGGCAACACAAGUAGACAAAUACGACAAUAUGAAGGCAGGCAGGAUAUUUCGGCGGCUGCCGUGGCAGCACUGCAGAUGGCGGCGGUGGUGGUGCAAGGACGAUCGACACGCAACAGCGAAGCGCAGCUGUCUCGGUAUGAGUUUCUGGCAGACCCGGUAGUGCACCGGUUCACAGCGCCUCAGCAUGUGUCGAAGCGGUCGUUCCACGAGCGGCAGUCAUUGCAGGACAUGAUCGACGACGGGACAUUCCACCCAAACCACGACCUAUUGCACCCGGAGGCUGUGCAGCACCGGACGCAGCAGGACGGCACAAUCGUGCGCUCGGCGGUGGCCACGCCACGACAUCGGGCCGUGUUCCGGGAUGCAUCGGCGGGCGGACGGGCGGUUUUGGAUGGAGUGUUUUCGGUCAACGGCGAAACGUUCUACGUGAAGCCGGCCAGCGCCUACACAGCCACCAAGCGCGACUCGGACCCGAUGCUGGCCAAUGCGUAUGCCCGGGAUCGGCGCAUGCGCAACCUCCGAGGCUCUGGACGCCGGAUGUCUGCCGGUGCGCAAGAUCCUGUACAUGGGGGCGGCGGCCGACUGCACGUACGACAAGGCCGGCUGCAGAUUCUCAGCGACUGGAACCAGGCCAGCGCCGUAUAUGAACGCCAGCUGAAUGUGGCGCUGGGCCUGAUUGAACUGCAGAUCGAGGAGCUGACGUGUCCGGACCAGAUCGACAACAAAAAGGCAUGGAACCGCGCCUGCAGCGACCCGUAUACAAUUGACAAGCGUCUGAGCGACUUCAGUGCCUGGCGCGGCGCCAAGGGCAAGGACAGCGCGGGGCUGUGGCACCUGAUGACCAACUGCCCGACUGGUACUGAGGUUGGCCUGGCGUGGGUCGGCACCAUGUGGGGUGUGUCGUCGGGCACCGGCGUGUCGGCGGUCUCGCGUGACGAGUGGAAGGUCGUGGCGCACGAAGUCGGCCAUAACUUUGGGGCAUCGCACGACUGCACCAACCAAGAGUGCCCGUGCUCGGGCAACGCCUGCAACUCGUGCUGUCCGUGCGCCGACGGGUGCGACUGCAAGGGCCGGUAUCUGAUGAACCCGACCAGCCCCGUGACCUCGGACGAUUUCAGCCCAUGCUCGGUCCGCAACAUCUGCAAGACCAUCAAGUCCACAGGCGUGCAGUGUCUGCAGGACCCAGGCGGCCGCAGCAUUCUAGCCACGGCCAUGUGCGGCAACGGCAUCAAAGAGUCGGGCGAGGAGUGCGACUGCGCUCAAGCCGGCGCCCAGUGCGCCGACGCCAACGAUCUGUGCUGCAACCAGUGCAAGAUCCGUCCCAAGGACUCGGUGUGCCGCGCCAAGUACUCCGAGUGCGACAUUGCCGAGGUGUGCGAUGGCCAGUCCCCGACGUGUCCAGAGACCGUCACUAACGGCUCGCUGAAAUGCGCGUCCGGCCAAUGCACGUCGCGCGAUGCCCAGUGUGCAGCGCGCGGCGGCUCCGACGGUCUGACGCAGCGCUGCACUAUCAGCGUCGGCGGCGACCCGUGCGACCUGCAGUGCUCGCGGCCUGGCAGCCUAGGCAUGUUGGGCUUCCACGCGCAGUGCCGGUCAGGCAAGUGCAAGGGCGAGAACUGGUUCUACCAGUUCCUGCUGCUGUUCCAGCGCAACCUGGCCAUUUCCAUUCCCGUGGCCAUUGCCGUUGGUCUGAUCCUCCUGUGCAUUAUCUUCAGCCUCUGCUGCCGCUGCCUCUCGUGCUGUACCGGAUGCCGCCGCCCGAAGAAGGCUCCCCCGCCCAACCA